AUGCCACCAAAGUUCACCCACCCGCGGCUGGUGCACCACGUGAGCCUGUUCACGCGCAUAAAGGCGUGGUGGCUUGGCAUCGAGAACCCCGAGGUACUCUCCCGAUACGGUGAACGGGGUGUUGUGCGAACGGCGUGGAUCGAGUGGCGUGGCACGCUGGCCAUAUGCGCCGGCGGCUUUGUUUUGUUUGUUGGUCGUCAGCAGUCGAAGCGCGCGAAUGACAUUUUAGAGAAUAUUGAGCUGAACCGCCAGCGCUACUACCAGCGAGACUUUAAGCCGACGUACGUGCCGGGCGCGCCGGGCGGCGUGUACGAUGGUGUAACGGGAUAUAGUUACCGCGAUGGGCCCAGUGGACUCAUGAUUAACGCUGAUAAGAAGCUUGUCUCGGAUGAAUCGCGGGCAGAGCGAGGGGAGCGCCUGGCGAAGACUGAGGUGACGCCGGAGAUGGUCACCCAUGCGCGUAAUUUACUGCACAGCAGACGCUACGAGGGCACGCCAGAAGUCUGA